AUGGAUCUCAAAGUCAAGUACCUUUUCUCUCUACGCGCCAUCCGAGAUCGUGCCAAUGUCGUUGGAGAGAUCGCCAAAGCUGGGAACUUAACUCAUUUCGAGCUCCGGGAAGACAAAUUAGAUGCUGUCGUCGAUUUUGUGGCUUCUAUCAUCAAGCGGGAUUUCGGUCCUGACAAGUUCCAUACUAUUCCUCCGCAUGGGCGCUGGCAGCAUUUCGAAGUCGGGGACAUACCGCGCAUCACAAAUCUAUUGGACCAGUGGAAGAAAGAAGGCUGCGAUGACACCGAGGUGACUCGUCGCCUUAUCGACCUGUUCUUCGUUUCCGUUCUUCUGGAUGCUGGUGCAGGUGAUCAUUGGCGAUACACUGAGCCUGAAACCGGCCACAUCUACGAACGAAGCGAGGGCAUCGCGGUUGCCAGCCUUCACAUGUUCCGCACCUUUGCCUUCACUGCCUCCGAAGUUGAAGCCAUCCCAAUCGUAAAUGGAAGGGGAUUGGAACGACUAGAGACGGCUAUACUCACAGAGGGUUUCCAAGUGUCUGAUGGAAAUCCCAUGCUGGGUAUCGAUUCUCGUGCGACUCUCCUCAGAAGCCUCGGGCAAUCACUGCUUGCUCAUCCCGAUGUUUUCGGAGCGGAAGGUCGCCCUGGAAAUCUCGUUGACUAUCUAGUAUCCAAGACAGCAGGCGGAUCCGCUAACCUCGACGUCCUCGUGCUCUGGGACGUUCUCCAGACACUUCUCAUUCCCACUUGGCCCAAGAAUCGCACAACGAUUGCUGGAACGCCAAUUGGUGAUGCGUGGCCGUUGAGCAUCCUGCAGCAAGGAGUAAAUAUCCGGAGCCCUAACGCUACUGCGGAAGGCAUCCAGCCCUUUCACAAACUUACGCAAUGGCUCACCUACUCCCUAAUGGUCCCCUUCCAGCGGGUGUUGGGUAUGCAAUGGAGCAACGCAGACUCCCUAACGGCCUUGGCCGAAUAUCGCAAUGGCGGCUUAUUUGUCGACCUAGGCGUCUUAUCUCUAAAACAGGAGACGCUUAGCCGAGGCUUGGAGGCAUCGGGCGGGGACUUGCCGCUUUUUGACGCAAGUGAUGAUGCCAUAGUGGAGUGGAGGGCCAUGACACUGGUGCUCAUCGAUAAACUCUACAGCAUGAUCCAGUCCCGGAUCGGCGAUGGUGUUCGCCUGACCAUGGCACAGCUGCUCGAGGCCGGUACAUGGAAAUCCGGACGUGAGAUCGCAGCACAGCGACGCCGACAGACCAAGUCAAGCCCUAUUCUUAUCAAGAGCGAUGGAACUGUCUUCUAG